AUGGCUGUCUUAUCAAGCAUAUGCGCGUUAUUCUUCAUGUCAAGCAUAUUCUUUCGAGGCGAAUGCACAACUGUCCAAGCAUUUUUCCGCAAAGAUGAUGGUAAAUAUUUAGCGAAUCAUGUCAUCGAAACAAAACACGCUGAAACUGAGUUAGAAUGCGGUAUGCAUUGCGUUGCUCAUGGAUCAUGCGUGUCGGUCAACUACAGAAUUUCUGGAAUCGGUAAAGGUCGCUGUGAGCUCAACAGCAAAACCCUUCAAGAUACAUCUGACGAUGAUAUGAAGAGAAGUAGGUUCAGUAACCCCGAGUUCAGACACAUGUACAUAAUCAAACAGAUACCUCCGAAACCUGACCCAACGAGUAACCCGCCGGAAUCAAAAGAUCACUCAGCAGGUACUUUAAAUCAUACCAAACAAUUACAUCCAAUACAGUCUUCCUGCACGGCCAUUCGUAUGAAAAACCCUACAGCUGACAGUGGAAUGUAUUCUAUCAAGCCCCGUGGACUCAAUCUGUCGUUCAACUUAUAUUGUGAUAUGACUUCUAAGAAUGGUGUUGGUGUGACAGAGAUUGGACAUGACAGUGAAUCAAGACACGGGUGA